UAAUGACAAUGAAAGCUAUUUUGCCUGGGAUGAAAAGGUAGACCCGCAUUCAACCUUUAUCAGAAUUUUUGCAACGGGUGAAAUUUCAGUAGCGGUCAAACAUGAUAGAAACUUAACAAGAGCAUCAAUUAACUGUGAUCAUAAUGGUACUUACUAUUCCAACGUGGGGUGCGUAAGAUCAUCCAAUUGUAGUGCUGGAGACAGGUUCCGUUCAACUACUGGUUUUAUCGGAUGGGAACUACAGUUACAUGAUAUCAUGCUUGGUGACUGCAAUGAAAUGUGUGUAAACAAUUGUUCUUGCAACGCCUAUGCUACACUUGAAUCUGAUGGAACAGGCUGCAAGUUUUCUUCUUCCACUGCUUACCGUUACGUGUCUAAUGGGGGCGAAACUUUUUACAUUCGAGAUGCAAAAACAGCAAAGCAAAGCCAUCGUCCUCCACCUCGAUAUCCUGCUCCUGCUUUGACAAGGAGAAGGUCACACCACAGAAGAACAACAAUUGUAGCUGCUCUUACAGUAACGUUGCUUGUGACACUUGCUGUGGUUUUCCUAGUAUGGUAUAUGAAUCGAAGAAAAUGNUCCUAA